GGAUCCACUAACCCCAGGCCCGCCUCUGUCCCGCAAGAGCCCAGUCACUAUCAUCCACGACCACAUGGGGGCGCUCAAGUCACCAGUCCGUCCUGACGUCAUCACAGGCGGUCCGGGCAGUGCUGCUCCGUCCCAGGGCGGACCUCUCGUGACGUCAUUGGGCGGCCCGGAAGCGGCAGCACGUGUGCACCUUUCCGUACUACCCUGCUCCUUGGCCUUGGUGUCACUGAUCAUGGGUCGCUCCCGCCGGACCGGCGCGCACCGAGCACAUUCCUUAGCCCGCCAGAUGAAGGCCAAGAAGCGGCGGCCGGACCUGGAUGAGAUUCACCGCGAGCUGCGGCCGCAGGGCCUCCCGCGGGCCAAGCUGGAGUUGGACGCCGAGCCCGACCCGGAUCUGCCAGGGGACGGCCUGCAUCGCUGUCUGGCCUGCGCGAGGUACUUCAUCGAUUCUGCCAACCUGAAGACCCAUUUCCGAUCCAAAGACCACAAGAAGAGGCUGAAGCAGCUGAGCAUCGAACCCUACAGUCAGGAAGAGGCUGAGAGGGCAGCCGGCAUGGGCUCCUAUGUGCCCCCCCAGCGUCUGGGCGUGCCCACAGAAGUGUCCACUGAGAUCCCUGAGAUGGACACAUCCACCUGAGGGGCCUUUGGAUGCAGGGCAGAGAAACUCCAUGGACAGUGAGUGGUUCAGCGGCUAGACUGAGGGUUUGGGGGAGAUGAUCUCUUCUGGAUGUUCUACCCAAAAUAAAGGACCCGGACAAGAGGGUAUACCUCUGAUUCUAACUUCCCUUCCAGUCCUCCAGACCCGGUCCAGCUUUGGAAGGUACCCCCGCCUGCCUUCUUUGAAUUGGGGCUGGAGUCCAGGUGCAGUGUAAAACUGGGGAAUGGAUAAGUUUUUUUCUGUGUUUCUGGCGAUGGUGGAGACUGAUCCCAAAGGGGAAAAACGUGGUUUUCUGAACUUGCAGCCCUCUCCCCUCGGUCACCUACCUCCGAGCCUGGGUGAGAGGCCGCCUGCUUCAUCACGGGGCCUGUGAUGGUUGCCGCUGCUUCACCAUCUUCCACACGGCAUAGCAGGAGCCGCCUAACCCGAGGACAGCCAACAUCGUAGCCACAAUCCCAACCAGCGGGCUCCGGGGCUCCGCCUUCAGCUCCCCAGCCACCUGCAUCUGCAGAGGGUGAACGUGAAGUGCCAACUGAGACUUCUAGGAAGGAAGGGGAUAAAAUGGUGUUGCUGGGUGGAGAAGAUACGGACGCCAUUUCUGCCCCAGGGAGAUUCCACCCCAAUCCUUCUCGCCUCACUGCCCAUCUGGGUCCUGGCUAGUCAGGCAGCAGGGAACGUGACAGUCUGGCCUUUGGGGGUAUCAGCCUCGCCAUGAGACCAGGAGAAAGUGGUUGGUGGUGCAGAGCUAGUAUUUAGAGGUUCUUACCUGUAGCACCCGGAAGUAGCCAGGGGUCAGGCGGCGAAAUCUCAUAGUGGGGGGCACUGGUCUCCCUGUCGGCCUCUGGAGUGGGAGCAGAAAUGAUGAAUUGCUGCGCGGGGUAUCCCAAGAGGUGGAAAUCGGGGCAUCGGGGUCCCUGGCCUGUUUUGCCUGGGCACUAUGUGCUCAGGAUGCUCACCACCGCUGGCUCCCCCAGGUCUGGCAGGGGGCGGGGCAGCUGGAUCUUUAAAUCUGGUCCCUUCCCCCCUGCCUUGCCAGCCUUAGGAGCAGCUGUCAGGAGAGAUCAGCAUCAGGCCUGAGUAGCAGCUCCUCCCCCCAUUCGCUAGAGGCCAGGCCAGGCAUGGAGGCAAAGCCUUGGCUGCCAGUGCCCAGGAAUCCAGGCAACCAGGUUCUGGGCAGGCUUCCUCAGCCCUGGUCUGGACUGUACCCCUACCUUGGAGAAGUCAAUGCUACCAGUCAGCAUUCAGCAGAAGAAUGAUGUGUUAGCCACUUUUCCAUCUGGGUUCUGUAAAUUCAACCACCUAGGAGGGAGGGGUCACUUCACCUUCCCCACAAGAUGCAGUUUCCACAAGCACUUCACUUGUGUGGGCUUUGAAAGAGAUCUGCUUAUGCAGAUAAAAUUGUCCAUAAUGGCCGGGUGGUGGUGACGCACGCCUGUAAUCCCAGCACUCGGGAGUACUCGGGAGGCAGAAGGAGGCGGAUCUCUGAGUUCGAGGCCAGCCUGGUCUACAAGAGCUAGUUCCAGGACAGCUAGGGCUGUUACACAGAGAAACCCUGUCUCGAAAAACAAAAAUUGUCCAUAAUGUGUUAAAAUUUUAAUUGGGUCUAUUUGUGUGUGUGUUCGUAUACACGUGUGUGGCAGUGUAGACAUGGAGGUCAAAGGACAACUUAAGGGGCUCUCUCCUUUCCACACGUGGGCCGUGGGAGUCCAGUUCAUCUCAUCAGGCUCGGCGGCAAAUGCCUUUACCCACAGAGCUUUUCUGACAGCCUGCAUAACGUAUUAAAAGAUUAACUGAUUAAAA